AUGAGUACAGCGGUUGCAUCCGAAGCUCCAUCAUCCGUAAGCGGAAAUCCUGUCGAAGGCGUCAAGAAGGCUCACGUACGAUUUCUUUAUAUCCUCAGGCUAAAGAGAUUCAGUUCUCUUUAUAAAUCUUUUGGACCGCUAGCAGAUGAGCAACUGAAGAAACUAGAUCAAGCCGGAGUCAAAAGAGAAAAUUCACUUAUCCUGCGAUGGUUAGCGUUCAGGUUUACGAUCCGAUCUAAAAACGGAGGCGAAGCUCUCAACCUACUCCUUUACUGGGUUAUGUUUGGAUUCUUCGCACUGCUUGAUUCAUCCGCCAUAUGUUUACUUCCAACGUACUUCUUCUUGAAGACGCUAUUCCUCGUGUUCCUCUUCCUUCCUCAAACGCAGGGAGCAGUACUAAUCUACCAGAAAGUCGUCGAUCCAAUAGCAAGAGCAGUCGAAGGAAUCGUAAAGAAGAAAUGA